AUGGCGUGUCACAAGUUACCCUACCGAUCCAAUUCCAUCGACGAGCAGUUCAAGCACUAUCGUCUGGAUGGUUGGGACGAAGCAGCCUACGAGCGCGAAUAUGAGAAAGAAUUGGCCCAGGAGUGUGGAACCUGCACGUUUAGGCGGCCUGUGGACGACGAUGAAGCAAUCUCCUUCGCUCGUGGAUCGCUGGAUGAAGUGGGCAGUGUUUCGAGGUGUACCCCGUUUGAAGCGGAACGUCCUGCACAAGUACCUUCAUUCCGCACUCUGGAUCCCAACGUCAAAGUUCAGCUCGGUCGGAGUAGAUCUCAUCAGGGGCGCAGAGACACACAGUCUUCACAAUUUUCAUGUCCAUCUCCCAAUACCUUCCAUCCCCUCCGGAGAUACUCGAUUACAACAGGAGAAGGACUCCCGAGCGACCAUUGUGGGCUACCUCGGAGGGCUAGCGAUAUUGCUUUGUAUCCCAGUGCAACAAAUGAACCCAAAUCCCCACCCAUCAGCGCUAAAUAA